CUCUCUAGGGAGGGCCUCUCGGGUCGCGAGCUGGGUGUCGGCGUCCGCUGGUCUUCUGAGGGCAGCCAUGGCCGAUCCUCAGCCCGAGCCCAGCGGCCUCACGGACGAGGCCGCCCUCAAGUGCUGCUCCGAGGCGGACCCCAGCACCAAGGACUUCCUCUUUCAGCAGACCAUGCUAAGAGUUAAAGAUCCGAAGAAGUCACUGGACUUUUACACAAGAAUUCUUGGAAUGACGCUACUCCAAAAACUCGACUUUCCUUCUAUGAAGUUUUCACUUUAUUUCCUGGCUUAUGAGGAUAAGAAUGACAUCCCCACAGAUAAGAAUGAAAGGGUAGCAUGGACGUUCUCCAGGAAAGCUACACUGGAGUUGACACACAAUUGGGGCACUGAAGAUGAUGAGACCCAGAGUUACCACAAUGGCAACUCCGACCCUCGGGGAUUCGGUCACAUUGGACUUGCUGUUCCUGAUGUCUAUAGUGCUUGUAAAAGAUUUGAAGAACUGGGCGUCAAGUUUGUGAAGAAACCUGAUGAUGGUAAAAUGAAAGGUCUGGCAUUUAUUCAAGAUCCUGACGGCUACUGGAUUGAAAUUUUGAAUCCUAACACAUUGACAACUAUUAUUUAGCUCUGUGAAGGCUGCUUGGAGAUGUCAGUGAAGAUGGAGAUAAAAGGAAACAAUGUGAUUUGAGACACCAGGACACAGAAGUGUUGGGACUGAUGGAUUGCUGUCCCAAUUCAAAUUAUCCUUAAGGCCAUUUCCCUUUCCUGUCUCGCCCCUCCUCCAAGCCUAAUUGUCAAGAAGUGCUCUAUGACCUUGAAUGGAGCUCUGUAACUUUGCUCUUUGGGUAGUAAUUAGAACAGUUCUCUUCAGGGACUGCGUUCUACCUUCUGUCAAUUAUUAUUUCUCCUCAAGGCUGCUUUUGAUUCAUCAUUUAAAACACUUAACAUUUUGUGUAUGGUAGUUAUCUUCUGGGGUUUCAGUUCCUCAGAAACAACUUUUCAUGAUGGAAAGUAAAGAGCUCUGAACAAAAUGAAACUUCAUGUGUACUUCAAACAGCAUAAAGUGUUUAUUUUACAAAGAAGUCACUUGAGAGCAAUUGAGAAUCGUUCUGACAAGGAUACUGAUAGGAAAACUAAUAUUUUAUAUGUAUAAAAUACUUUCAAAGUUCAAGGACUAAAUCGCAUUUCUUUUCUUUAUUUUUUUGUUUUUUGAAGCAAGCCCAACAGACUGGCUUUUUUUCCUUUUAAUUUGACAGUGAGAGACUUGGUGCACCAGUGCCCCUAGCCGCUGCAGUCAAACUCAGAGGUGUGUGCCACCUUGCGCACUUGUGUGUCUGGCUUGCGUGAGACCUGGAGAGUCAAACAUUAGUCCUUAGGCUUUACAGGCAGGUGCCUUAAUUGCUAAGCCAUCUCUCCUGCCGUAAUCUCACUUCUUUUUGAUGAGGAAGGGAUAAUAAUUUACUGGGUUCCCAGACAAUGGACUAGGCUAUAGCAUAUUUUGUGUCACUGAGUACUCAGUUACCCUGUGAGAAGGAAAGCAGCUAGGCAGGUAAAGUCACCCUCGUGGAUUGAAGGCAGCGCUCGGGUGUCCCAUCAGUGUCAGUGUUGCUUAGAUUCUGCCUCGCGACUGCAGUUCAUCACCUCCCACACUAGUCUCUGGUAGUAAACCUUCCCUGAGUUUAGUCUCGAGUCCUCCGCUCUUGGAGGAAAUACCAUGAUGAGAGAAGAAGUCUAGACCACAGACUGCUCUGGGGAAGGGCUGUAAACCUGCAGUGAGGAGUCUUCCCCACCCUGUGGUCUUCGUGAUGUCCGCAUCUGUUAGGAUAAAGUAUGUUCAGUGGCAUGAUAACUUAGAUACAUGAAGUCAGCCCAGUGGUCUUCUCUGCUGAUUGACAUUUGAUGGGUUUCAAAACCAUGAUUUUAUAGCAGGAAGGGUAAAAACCUCAUUUUGGUCGAACUGCACGUAGGCUGUCCAGGAAGACCUUUGGAUAGGCGAUGUCAAACAUACUUGUACUGCUGGAAGCCCUGACAUUUCCUUCUUGCAUGAGAUGGACUUGUGGGAGCAAUUUAAACAAAUCAUGCUUGCAGACUGAAAUAAAAGUUUAAAUGAGUAUUUAAUUUGUAAA